UAUAAUAUAUUAUUUGCAAUGAAUCGCCGAGUAAGAGAUGGAUUAAAAGCUCUCUCUUCUGCGCCUGUUCAAUCUAAAAGACGAAUCCCUCAAGACCCGAGGUGUUACUUUAACAAGUUGCCAGAUGAGUUAAUAGUCAAAGUGUUCCAAUAUGCUGACAUUAAAACGUUGAUAAAGUUAACUUAUGUCUGUUCAAAGUGGAGACGUCUUUCAGAGGACGACUUAUUAUGGCAGCAAAGGUACCUACGUUAUACAAGCAAAGUUAAAGCUGUUAAAUUAAAAGAUUCAAAGCUUCCAUAUAAAGUUAGGCUGUUCAAAGACUGUCGUAAGAUACGUGAUGACACAGCCAUAAGAAAAACCAAGUUAAACCCAUACACAGCAGUAGUUGCAAACAUGGAUAGGUUUUUAUGGGCGUUUGAAGUCCAAUUCCAAAUCUGUUUUACCACGAAAGAUAAAACAGAACGAACAUUCACAAACUCUUAUAAAAAAUCUUUCAGUUCCUCCACUGUAGUACAAUGGUCAAAUUUGGAAGGCUUUCCAAAGUUGUCAGAUGUUUCAACUGUUUCACUUUAUGCACGGAUACCAUUAAUGCUUAGCAGUAAAGGUAAACCUAUUAAAGGGAGCCCAAGGCAGUUAAGUCUAUUAUGUACUGAUAAGGUGAAUGAAUUGACACCAUUGUGUGAAGAUAGACACAUCAAAGCUGUUGUCCUUCCAAGUGGGAUGCUUGUUGCUUUAUGGAGUGGAUCUGAGGACAUUGCAUUUGUGUGUGUUUCAAUACACCACCAUGAUUUAGUAAAGAAGAUAUUAUAUUCUAAUGCCGAUACAAUUUACACGAAUCCACACAUUGUAGUUGCAGAUGACAUAGACACCAGUUAUGGCUUACAUGGAUACAAAUGCCACAUUAACCUGCACACAUUGGGUGUGUCUUUAUUUGAGGAGAAGUUUUCUGGUAUGUUUUGUAAUGAAGCACAAACCCCAAGGGUUGACAAUGUAAAGGACCACAUUGAACUAAAUGUAUGCUCCAUAUCAGCGCCUGUAAGCAAGAAACUAGAGAUUGGAUGGAAGACUGACUUGUUUCAAGGCUCAUUGUCCCACACUGUAAUGCUAGGAGUUACGUUGGUUGAUAUUAACAAUGAAGUUAUGUGGGAAAUAUCAAGGCCUGUGAAAUCUAAUGAUAAACCAUUAGAUGAUGGUGUGUUUUCUAUGGAUGGAUUCAUAAAGGAAUUUAAAUAUUCAGAUAAAGUUGGUGAAAUAUCUUUAAUGGUAAACGUAGAUGGGGAAAGAGCUAAUGUUCAAAAAGUUAAAAUUCUUUUAAAUGUUGAUAAUAUUAACAUUUGGUUUGGCACUGACUAUUAAGUCACCAACCGCUACAAUAUUGUUUGCCUAGAUGUCGAUUCUGUCAGCUGUGCUAUUUUAAGGUAUUUGUUUCUUAUAUCAAGGCUAAAUUUUUUUUGUAAAACGUCAUAAACUUUCUUGCUUUAUUUUUUUUGUAAAACGAUAUAAACUUCCUUGCUUUAUAUAAACUCAGUUGCAAUUAAUAUAAUUUUUUUAUUCUACUGUGCCAAAAUACAAUUGCACUAAUUUUUAUUAAACAUACUUUUCUACAAGUAAUCAGUAAAUUAUCCAUAGCCAUAUUAAUAUAUAUGUUGUCAUGGCUAUACAACAUUCAAAUAUCCAUUAUAUGGUUUUAGUUCAAUUGCUUUGGAGUUUCUUGCAAUUUUGUAAAUCUUAUAUUCAUGUUUGUAGAUACUUGUAGUUUUAAUAAAUCUUUUCAAAAUAGUAAAAUAUUUUAUUAAACUCCCCUUUUGAUUUAGUUUAUAGUUCGUGUUUAACUGUCAGGUUUAGGCCAUAAUCUAAUUUACUUUUUUUUACAUUCCCAUUAUGGCAUGAAGUACUUGUAUAAAUUCAACCACUGUCCAUUAGUGUAUCUGUCACAAAGUUGGUACUACCAUGUCAUUCCAUUAAUCUUUAAUUCCAUUUAAAUCAAUUUCUCUGCUUGCAG